AUGCUGGAUGCGCCUCGGCCUCGCCUCACGCGCCUGCAGAGCAAGGCUCGCUCCGCCUCGUCCAUUUCGAGUCUUUCCGCUGCCUCUGUUUCGACCGCGGACACAUCCAUAUCGAUCGCGACGCCGUCCGUCAUGACAGAUCUCGUACCGCGAUCUAAGCUGGCAAAGGAGGAGGGGCAGCCUCCAGUGGCGCAGGUACCCUCCGAAACUGAAAAUCCAUUGCACCUGCAGGACUUGGAGUUGACGAUGCAUUGGUGUACAACAACAUAUCGAUCUAUGGCGCGAGACCGCACCGCUGAGGCGCUGUGGCAGACCACCAUUCCACAGCUAUCAUUGCGCUUUCCAUCACUUCGACAUGGGCUGUUGGCGCUCUCUGCUCUACAGCUGGCUGGAGCCACUCAAUCUGCCGAGCGCAGGUGGAAGUAUUUGCUUGCGGCACGGGAACACCAGGCCCAGGCCCUGACAGGCAUCCAUUUAGAUGGAGCGGACGAGCUCACCCAGUCACAAUGCAAUGCAUCCUUUGCGUUGUGUUGCGUGCUAUUGGUAUGGUCCUUUGGUUACUGUCUAAUCGAUGACAGCAUGGAUGAAGACGAAAAACCUGAUAUCUUGGAUGAGUUCCUCGAAGUGUUUGAGCUCACGCGGUGGCUCGUAAGAGCCCUGAUGACGACAAUGGAGCGGGUGGCCGCCGGUGAGCUCUGGCCGCUCGUACGACCUGCGGUAUCGUGUCCCACAAUGCCGGAUAUGUCGCGGCUGGUGGUACUCGCAAUGAGGCGGCGGAAUGGGAUCGAAGCCGCGCGCGAUGCGACCCAUGAGACGGGCGUAUACGAGUGUGCAAUCGAGAAUCUAAGCAGCUGCCUUGAACGACUGAUGAAUGGUGGCGAACCGAAGGAUUUCGCUUUUUGCUGGACCUUCCGGGUUCCUGGUCGGUUUCAGGAUCUGGUCCGGGAACGACAACCGUUUGCCUUGGUGGUGCUCGCCCACUACGCAGUUAUUUUGCACCACCUGCGGGACUCGUGGUGGAUGGGGAAUUGGGGUGCCCUGAUUCUCAAGGAGAUUGUCGACCAGUUAGGGCCUGAAUGGCGCGAAUUGCUCAGCUGGCCUAUUGAUGCUACCGGCUGUCUUUUGCCAGAAGAAGUAUGA